UAGGCCUAUUGCACCUUUAAAGAAUGAUUUUUUUCCCCUAAAAUUCGACAUAUUUGCAUAAUAUUUUGUAUUAUUUUGUACUUGGGUGCCAAAUGUUUAAGAACUAUAUCAUAAUCGUAUCUUUUUUUUUCUGCACGCCGCUUUGAGUCAGUGAAUCAAAUGAAUCAAAUGUAUGCAUUCAAGUCCCUGUGGUUCAAUUCACUUCGAAAGAAUCAACUCAGUCAAGUGAAUCACUAAUAUGCGCUGCUUGGGGAUUUUUUUUUUCCACCGGAGAGCUGUAACUAGGCAACGGGGCGAACACAGGGCACCUCGAAAAUAUUGUAAAUGGAUGAAUGAGCAUCCACGGUAUAUUUAUUUGCCUUGCCCAGGAUGGACUGCAUGUAAUAACAGUGUAGAUGUGAACACUGGGCUUAUUUUUGAUUGGCGUUUGGAGAUGGAGGAGUAAAGGCACCGUCGCGCACGGACAUAAACGCUGCUGUCUGGCCUUCUUAAUCUGAUUUUAGUGCUGGAGGAGAAAUUAUUAUUAUUAUUAUUAUUAUUGAUAUUAUUAUUAAUAUAAUUGAGGUGGGUUUUUGUGUUGUUGAUAGAGAGAGAGAGAGAGAGAGAGAGAGAGAGAGAGAGAGAGAUUGUGGGCUGGCUGUUCGGUGUGAGAAUGCACAUUGCGAAAGAGAGCUCGCUUUCUCUCGCCAUCAUGCCCUCACACGUCUGUACGGAUUAGCGGUGGAGAUAAAAGCCUCUCCGGAGUUUGCGGUGCUUUUGCGUGGCAUGUCGGAGUGAAAGACACAGAAGCGGACAGCCGACAAAACUGCAACAACCCAGCUGCUUCCAGCUCUCAGUCUGACAAAAUGGGAGAGCAGCCCAUCUUCAGCACCAGAGCCCACGUCUUCCAGAUCGACCCCAGCACCAAAAAGAACUGGGUCCCCACCAGCAAGCACGCCGUCACCGUGUCCUACUUCUACGACAGCACUCGCAACGUCUAUCGCAUCAUCAGCCUGGACGGAUCCAAGGCCAUCAUCAACAGCACCAUCACCCCCAACAUGACGUUCACGAAGACCUCGCAGAAAUUCGGCCAGUGGGCGGACAGCAGGGCCAACACCGUCUACGGCCUCGGUUUCUCAUCCGAGAGCCAUCUGAGCAAAUUUGCGGAAAAAUUUGCGGAGUUUAAGGAAGCUGCACGAUUAGCAAAGGAGAAAUCUCAGGAGAAGAUGGAGCUGACCAGCACUCCCUCACAGUGUCCCCUUAUUCAGUUCAAGCACAAACGGGACUUGACCAUGGCCGCUAAAAAGGAAUCAGCUACUGGUGACUUGCAGUCACCUUUGACCCCUGAGAGCAUCAACGGGACGGACGAUGAACGGAUCGCGCCCGACGCCUCUCAGAACUCGGAGCCUCGAACCGAGACCAAUGCGGUGCCCUUCCCACACAGCAGCUCGACUAACAUGAAUAAGCACUGGGAGGCCGAGCUGGCGGCGCUAAAGGGCAACAACGCCAAGCUAACGGCAGCCCUGCUCGAGUCGACAGCCAACGUUAAACAGUGGAAACAGCAGCUAGCUGUUUACCAAGAGGAGGCAGAGAGACUGCACAAACGGGUGACAGAACUGGAGUGUGUCAGUGGGCAGACGACAGGAAUCAAAAACCAGAAAACAGAACUGAACCAGACGAUAGAGGAGCUGGAGGCAGCGCUGAAGGCCAAGGAGGAGGUGCGACGAAGCUCUUUCGAUGUUUGGACAGUAUAUAGGUGUUGUGUUGAUUAAUUUUCUAUAACAGCAGCUCUAACAGUAGUGCAGCUGCAAAUCUCAGGCUUAUAUUAAUGCGCUCGCUCUAAUGCAUUAUGGUUUCUAUAGUAACAGCUCUUUCACAGGGACUUGUCUGAGAGAUGCGGCACA